UCUUUGGUUUGCUUCCCCCCGGCCCAAUUUUUUCACAUCCAUGGGUUCUUUUCGAACUUCCCUAUCACAUGAAAUUUGCCAUCUGGAAUCCUACACGAAAUCAACGAGUACAUGCGCUGAGGACCCAUGUUCUGAUGCAUUUCAGGGUUUCUUUCAGCUUUCGUUUUCGCAUCCAGAUUUUGUUUUUCUCUUAUAUUUGUUGGACCGCAUUGCUUUCUCGUAGGCUGUUUCGGGGGCUCUCUUAUUGGGGCUAGUUCUUAGUGUGUUUAUAGGACAUUCCCAAUUGGCCAUUGCGUUAAGCUUAGGGUUCAUUGAUAUCUCAUUCUGAAGUUCUGAAUCUUCUAAAGCAGUCCCAAGUGUUUCAUGAUGUCAAUUGUGAAAACUUUCUCGGCAUUACCAUAUUUUGCUUUAAAUUCAGAGCAUAAGUAUCGGUUUCGAGUUCGAGUUGAGAGUUUAGGCAGUCAGGAGUCGGCGCUGUUGCAUACUGAUUCAGCUACAGUUAAUGAAGUUUCAUCUCCUGUAAAGAAAGAGAGGAUUGGGCAAUUGAUUGAAGUGGGGAAUGGCACCUUGAGGACGGCAACUGGUGAGAACAAGAAGCGGGAAGCUAAUGCUUCAGAAAAGUUGGGGGUAUUGUGGGAUGAUGGCUAUGGGAGUAAAAGUGUCAAGGAUUACCUUGAUAAUGCCAAAGAUAUAAUUAGGCCUGAUGGGGGGCCUCCUCGAUGGUUCUGCCCUGUGGAGUGUGGGCAGCCUCUGAAAGAUUCGCCCGUUCUUCUGUUUCUGCCUGGAAUGGACGGUAUUGGCCUGGGCCUCAUUUUGCACCACAGAGCACUUGGGAAAGCUUUUGAAGUUUGGUGCCUGCAUAUUCCUGUGUAUGAUCGAACACCAUUCCAAGACUUGGUGAAAUUUGUUGAAGAAACUGUGAAGCUCGAGCAUGUUACAUCUCCUCAUAAGCCAAUUUAUUUGGUGGGAGAUUCCUUUGGGGGAUGCCUAGCACUUUCUGUUGCUGCUCGUAAUCCAAGCAUUGACCUAGUAGUAAUAUUAGCCAAUCCAGCAACUUCAUUUGGCAGGACACAGCUGCAACCCUUGUUCCCUCUCCUGGAGUCUUUACCCAAUGAGCUUCAUAUCACAGUCCCCUACCUUCUUAGCUUUGUUAUGGGUGAUCCAAUGAAAAUGGCAAUGGUGGAUGUUGAAAGGACACUUCCUCCUGCUGUAGUCCUUGAACAAUUAUCCAGCACCCUUACUGCUUUGCUUCCUCGUCUUUCUGUGUUGGCUGAUAUUAUUCCGAAGGAUACUCUUCUUUGGAAGUUGAAGCUGCUUAAAUCAGCUUCUUCUUAUGCCAAUUCUCGUCUCCAUGCCAUUACAGCUGAAGUACUUGUUCUUGCUAGUGGCAAGGAUAACUUGCUUCCAAGUGAGGAUGAAGCUAAAAGGCUUUUGGGGUCAUUGCAGAAUUGCAAAAUUCGUUGCUUCAAAGACAAUGGGCAUACUAUUCUAUUGGAAGAUGGUGUUAAUCUAUUGACAGUUAUUAAAGGCACCUGCAAAUACCGUCGUUCAAGGAGGCAUGACUUUGUCACGGAUUUUCUGCCUCCCAGUUUGUCAGAAUUCAAACAAGCACUUCAAAAUAAUGGGUUGUUUCGUUUUUUUACGAGUCCAGUGAUGUUCUCGACUUUAGAAGAUGGAAAGAUUGUGAGAGGUCUAUCAGGGGUUCCAAAUGAGGGUCCUGUCCUACUAGUUGGGUAUCACAUGUUGUUGGGACUUGAACUUGUUCCGCUUGUUGAAGAAUUCUUGAGGGAGAAGAAUGUUCUUGUUCGUGGUAUGGCACACCCUGCAUUGUUUACACAGGGGACUGAAACACAAUCUCGUGAAAUUUCCUUUUUUGAUUUGCUAAGAGUAUUUGGCGCAUUGCCUGUCACGCCAACCAACCUUUUCAAAUUAUUUUCGAUGAAAUCACAUAUUCUACUCUAUCCUGGUGGUGCCCGUGAAGCUCUCCAUCGCAAGGGUGAGACAUAUAAGUUAUUUUGGCCUGAUCAACCUGAAUUUGUGAGGAUGGCGGCAAGAUUUGGGGCUACAAUCGUACCAUUUGGAGCUAUUGGGGAAGAUGAUAUUGCAGAAUUAGUCCUUGAUUAUGAUGACUGGAUGAGAAUCCCUGUGAUGAACGAUUACAUUAGGAAAACUAAUGAGCAGGGUACGAGGUUGAGGACUGAUAUGGAUGGGGAGAUUGCCAACCAAGAUUUCUAUUUUCCUGGGCUUUUGCCCAAGAUACCUGGCCGCUUUUACUAUCUAUUUGGGAGGCCGAUACACACAAAGGGAAGGGAAGAGUUGCUGAAAGACAAAGACAAAGCAAAAGAAUUUUAUCUGCAGAUAAAGUCUGAAGUUGAAAGGAACAUUGCUUUUUUGGUUAGGAAGCGCGAGGAGGAUCCUUACAGGAGCAUCAUUGACAGAACCGUAUAUCAGGCGACCUCUGUGCUGACACAUGAGAUCCCAACAUUCAAACCAUGAAAUAUGGCCUUAAAUUGUAUAUUUCUUUAUGCCUUAACAACUGGACGGCAACAAUUUUUUUCCUGUAACAGUAUAUACCCCAACUUGUGAUUGUCAUUGUCAUCGUGGUCUUCGACCCGGUCGAUUUGUGUACAAGUAACCAUUUUAUGAUCAAGAUCUUCUUCAUGUGCUUCAAGAGAGCACUUCAAAA